AUGCACAAAAGAGAUAUCGUCCGGUUGUACACACAAACCAAAGAUAUGAAGCUCCCGUUCCAUAUCGUUUCGCAAAGUCAACGCCUGGUCUUCGCGAGCUUCCUCAACGCCGUCAUCGACAUUCCAAUCCUAAACGAAGCCACGGAACAAAUUAUUUUCAUGAAAGCGGUGGAUGUCAUCGCGGACGCGAUCGAACGUCAGUUGGAAAAGAUGGGGAGCAAAGCCUUCUUCGAAGGCGUGACGGACGCCGGCGAGUCGAGAGUCGACGUGUGGGUGGUCGCCACGGCGACGAAGAUUAACGAGAAAAUAGAUAUUCCAGUUUUGAACGAAAAGCAAGAGCAAGAGGCGAUCGAGUUCGUGUUACACGCCAUGGCGGAAAGAUUUUUGGCCAGUCAAGGGAAAACCAUCGCCGAGAAGAAGGGGAAAGGGAAGAUGUUUGGUUUCAUCUGA